AUGGAUAAGAUAUUGAGUAUUGACCCUAGUGGAACCGGAACUAUUCAGCAAUAUCAACCAAAUAUUUUACUUUAUGAGGAUACUAAUUACAUCCACAAAAGAACCAAAGACGGAUUAAACUUAUUCCGAUUAUUAGGAGCAAUUGAAUGUUUGGAAGUAGAAAGGAUGGAGAGAGUGAAUGUUCUCAAAGUUAAAGAGUUAACCAAACAACUUUUUAAAGGAAUUAAGCAAAUAGAGAAUAUAGAAUAUUUGCCAGGGAGAG